UGCUGCCAAUCAGUGCCACCUAUCAGUGCCAGUCAGUGUCGCCUAUCAGUGCGCAUCCGUGCCAGCCAUCAGUGCUGCCUAUCAGUGCCAUAUAUCAGUGUCAUGUAUCAGUGCUGCCUUUCAGUGCCCAUCAGUGAUGCCUGUCAAUGCCCAUCAGUGCAACCUACCAGUGCCUCCUCAUCAGUGCCCAUGAGUGCCACCUAUCAGUGUCCGUCAGUGCAGCCUAUCAGUGCCCACCACUGCAGCCUCAUUAGCGCACAUCAGUGAAGGAGAAUAAUCACUUAUUUACAAAAUUGCAUAA